CGCGUUUUGAAGAGCCGCGUCGCCUUUUCUGUUGCCCCCUGAACACGAGACGCCACCUCCCUUCGGCGCAGCCGUUCGCUUCCUUGGUCCUCCCUCCGCCCCUCCCUCCGUCGCCGGCGCCCUUCGUCUCCCGCGGCUGUUGCUGGCUGGCGGCGGCUCAGGCUGGAGACAAAAACAGGUGGCUGGAAACGAAAGUUCGGCCCGUGUGGACGUGAAAUGGUGACCGGGCCGUGGCCCCAAGCUGCCGGGGCCUGAGGCAGAGGGGCGGGGACAGGCCGGGGCGGAUCGGGUUCCGGCUCGGCCAGCGCGGGCUUUUCAAAAGUUCACGUUACCCAAUGGCAGGCGCGUCUCGGCACCCGGCCAAUCGGGACGGAGAGCUUGCCUAUAAAAGCGAGAGCCGGAGAAGCGCUGUUGUGAGUUUUCCUGGGCAGUGCCAGAAGGCUGAGCGUUUGCGUGUGAGAAUGGCCCGCACGAAGCAGACUGCGCGCAAGUCGACUGGUGGCAAAGCGCCCCGCAAGCAGCUAGCCACUAAGGCGGCCCGCAAGAGCGCGCCCGCCACGGGCGGCGUGAAGAAGCCGCACCGCUACCGGCCCGGCACCGUGGCGCUGCGCGAGAUCCGGCGCUACCAGAAGUCGACAGAGCUGCUGAUCCGCAAGCUGCCUUUCCAGCGCCUGGUACGCGAGAUCGCGCAGGACUUCAAGACGGACCUGCGCUUCCAGAGCUCGGCCGUCAUGGCGCUGCAGGAGGCCAGCGAGGCCUACCUGGUGGGGCUUUUCGAGGACACCAACCUGUGCGCCAUCCACGCCAAGCGCGUCACCAUCAUGCCCAAGGACAUCCAGCUGGCCCGCCGUAUCCGCGGCGAGAGGGCCUGAGGGAGCGCAGCGCCUCCCGUCUCGAUCGCUAGGAAACUUCAUUAACCCAAAGGCUCUUUUAAGAGCCACUCCAUUCCCACGGGAAAGGGCUGUCUCUCGCUGGUACUGAGUUAGUGAUUUAUUACGGAAUACGUUGUCGGGACGGGGGGUAGAGUUUUGGAUUAUGAUUUUUAAAUCUUUUAAGCUCGUG